AUGAGACUUCUCGCCGUUCUCUCACUCGUCACCAGCCUUGUCUCAGCGCAAAAUGCCACAACCACAACUUCAUCUCUCCCAACGGUGACUCUCGAUUACAGCACAAUCGUUGCCGCAGCUGCAAAUCAGACUGUCGGUUACUACAAAUAUCAAAAUAUCAGAUUCGCAGCUGUUCCCACAGGAACUCUCCGGUGGGACAAACCCCAAUGGCCACCCUUCGAAACGGCAGUCAACGAUGGCAGCUUGGCCGCUUCCGAUGUAGAUUGUGCUUCAGAAGAAGACUGCCUCUACAUGGAUAUUUGGGCUCCUGCAAAUAGUGCAAACAAAAGUUUGCCUGUCAUGGUGUGGACCUACGGCGGCGGUUUCACCGGAGGUAGUAAAUCGCAAAACACACCGGAAGGUCUAUUCGAUUUGUCAACAGACUUCGUUUUCGUUGCAUACAACUACAGACUUGGCAUGACUGGCCUUGCAAACGGUCCAACUCUGCUUCAUGAGGAAGGAACAUCGAAUGUGGCACUUUGGGAUGUGCAACACGCUUUCGAAUGGACAAAAAAAUACAUCAGCGCGUUUGGUGGGAGCCCGGAGAAGAUCACUGCCGUUGGAUUCUCUGCUGGUGGGUCUCAAACGCUGUUCCAGUUAACUCGAUUUGCCGGCCGUGCUGAACAGCUUUUCGAUCGAGCGUAUGUGAUGUCUCCAGGAUUCGUACCCGGAUCUGGACAUCAUCACUCUGAGACUUUCUGGCAAAAUGUCUCGUCUGCUGUCGGCUGUGAUGGCGGCUCAUUGGAUUGCAUGCGAGAAAUUAGUUUCGAUGAUCUCAACACUGCUGCAACAGACCAAGUCGACAGUUACACGUACCAAUUCCAGCCUCGCGUUGAUGGAGAUUUUGUUGCAGACACCUACGAAGCCCAAUUGUAUCAAAAGAGAUUCAACUUCAGUGGCCCCUUCGUGAUCACCCAUGAGCAGCACGAAGCAAACAGUGCAGCGUGGUCAGGGGUAAAUACCACAGAAGACGUUACCACCUAUCUAAGAAUCUUCUUUCCCGCAAUAACAGACGACGUCAUCAACCAGGCUUUGGAAUUAUAUCCCGAAUCAGAUUAUUCCAGCCCAGGACUACGGUUCUCGGAUAUGAAGCAAUCAUUUGAUUUGACAGCCCACAACCUGGCGCUGACUCAAGCUCUCAACAAUCAAACGUGGAAUGCAAUGGUUGCUCUGGAUCAGGCUACUCACGGGACAGACCAGAGUUAUUAUUGGUACAGCACAUACACUCUCUCUUCAAGUACCACAACAAGCUCAACCACCAAUUCGACCGUCACUUCUUCUGCUACUGCUGCUGCAAGUUCUGGCUCGAUUAUGAUGCAAAAAUACCUUAUGUCUUUCGUGCUGACAGGAAAUCCCAACACUUUGUGGGCUGAUGACAAGCUUGACUGGCCUCUGUAUAAUACGUCACCUGCGGGCACAGAGUUGGUGUUUAAUACCACGUUCUAUCUUGAGGACGACAAUCUGGCAAAUGCCAAAAGUUUGUUUUGGAACAAGGCGAUGUGGUAUUGA